AUGGCGCAAAGGUCUACGAGUGAGGAGAAGAAAACUGAAGAACAAAAAAAAGUGAAAAUGGAGAAAGUGAAAUUGAAGAAGAAGAAAAAGAAGGAGAAGAAGAAGAAGAAGAAGAAGAAAGCAGGAGAAAAGGUAGGAAAGAAAAGGAGCUGGGAAAAGAAUAUAAAGAGGAAGGAGAAGGAGAAGGAGAAGGAGAAGGAGAAGAAGAAGAAGAAGAAGAGA